UGGUUGUGAAUCCAGAAAGGGAAACGGGAAGGGGGAAAAAAUCGUGUCAACUAAACCUCACGCAUUCUUGCGCCACACGUAACUUACCAGUGAACCUCGUCAAAUACAAAACAAAAGUUAAACAAAAUGGGAUGCUUUUACUCGAAAAAAUCCAAACGAAAGUCGUUGGAAAAGGAAGAGAGGACACCGACGACAACGACGGUAGAAACUACGACGACCACCAACGCGGUUCCCCUUGGCAACAACACGGACGAGGCGGCACCGAAGCAGUACAGCUGGGACAAGCGAGAAAAGGUGGACCCCAAAGACUACAUGCUGACAGGCCUCAAAGACGUCACGGCGGGUCGCCUCCCCGGGAAGCUGAACGGUCAACAGUUUGUCAUCCAGGACUGCCACAACUGUGACAUCUACGUCUUCGACCACUCGGCGGCCGUCACCAUUGACGAUUGCGUCAACUGUCGCAUCGUUUUGGGCCCCGUCAAGGGCAGCGUCUUCUUCCGGGACUGCAAGGACAUCCGCUGCGUGGUGGCGUGCCAGCAGUUCCGCACACGGGACUGUAAAAAGAUGGAGGUGUUCCUGUGCUGCGCCACGCAACCCAUCAUCGAGUCGUCCACCGGCGUGAAGAUGGGCUGCUUCCAAUACUACUACCCCGAGCUGGCCUUCCACUUCAAGGAUGCCGGCCUGAGCAUCUUCAACAACAACUGGAGCAACGUCCACGACUUCACGCCCGUGGCCGGCGAGACCAACUGGAGCCUGCUGCCCGAAAGCGCCGCCGUGCUAGAGUCCGUGCCGGCCCCCGGCGCCGACUCGGACUUUAAGGCGGUCCGCAUCUCGGCGGACGCGGCGCGCAGCAUCGUGCCUCUGACCAAAGGAGGCCGCCGCAAGGAUAGCGACGAGUCCUGCCUGUUUAUGUUCUUCGCCGGGGAGUACACCACCGCCAAUGCGCGCAAAAUGAUCGACGAGGCGACCGCCAAAGGCUUCGUGUUGAUCCAGACAAAAGAGGUGUCGAUGCGGCCCGAAGACGUCAAGCGUGUGUUCCAGAACAAUGCUGAGGAUCUCGUGGAGUGGAUCAGCAAAGGUCCCGUCAUUGCCCUGGAGCUUAACGGUGACGGUGUCGUAGAAGCCUGCAAGAACAUAGCCGGCGAGGUGUUUGCCGGCACUAAGGUUUUCGUCUCGGACAACAAGAACACAUCUUCUCGUGAUGUGGACAACUUCUUCAACUUCGCCGACAUACAAAUGGGCUUGUGAGGAGUCAGGUCCAUACAUAUUUGGACGCCGUUAUUAUUAUUAUUUUUUUUUUUAAUGCACUGCUACAAUCAGUGUGGGCCACACACCAUCCGGACCUGCUGCUGCUGCUUUAAGAAAUAAUCCACGGCUGUAAACACACAAGAAGGGUUAACCCCGAGUCGUAGUGUUUAUGACCCGAGUAGCUUUGAAUGUACAGCGCGGCCGCACGAUCGUGUUAUUUAUGCAGCCGAUGCAAAUUGAGAUUCGCGCUCCUGCUAUCCACAGUUUUACCAUUUGCUGUUUGUUCGCUGUUGGCGUUAGAGCCGAGAGAAGUACUUGCAUCCCAGAAGUACUUGUAUGUCGAAAUGCACAUACUUAUGUAAAAAAAAAAAAAGAGAGUUGUAAAAGUAGAGAAAAGGAUUCAAAUCCUACAGUAAAAAAAAAUAUAUAUAUAUAAUAUAUAGCACACACUGUGACAUGCGCCUAAGUUUGUUGCGACCUUUUGGCUUGUGGCGUCGGGUCACCGCAGUGAAUCAGUUGCAUAACUUUUUUUUUUUUGGUUUGUUUUUCAGGGGGGGGGGGGAUAGUGAUUUUUAAACCGCAUCACUAUACUGUACCACCAGCGCUGAAAUGUCAUUAAUUACUAAAGUCAAAAUGAAUUCAUACCGCCGCUUCCUUGACGGCUUUCCCACACACACAGGCAGGUUUUUUAUUUCAUAAGAUUGCCGGUCCGACCCGUUUCAAACUCCUUUAUUGGAACAAAUCCAAUGACUUAGACCACACUUACUUUCUCUCGGUUGCAUUGGUCUCACCUUCCUGACCCGGUCAUCCAAUCCAGUCACUUUCAUGGGCUAGUUGGCGGUCGGAACAUGUAAAAGCUAAACACGAUUUCACGUAAGACAACUGCUGGGUUUGCUAUUUGACAGUCCGUGAAUAACAAGAAUCCAUGUACAAGUGACGCCCAGCAUUCAUUCAGCAUUGAGAAUUUUUUCUUGAACCCCAAAUUCGUGGAGGGAAAAAGUUUUCCACAAAAACACAUGGGUUGACCCACCCCCCCAAUAAAAAACAACAAAAAAUACCCAGCAUGUAGGUGCUGAAACACAAUGAUGCAUUCCAGGAGAGAAUGCUUUGCAAUGGUUUAGCAAACCUGCAGUUUUGUUACGUGGAUUGUUGUGAGUUUUUUCAGAUAUGACUCUGAGACUGUGAUGGUGCCGGUGAUUAGUAAUUUGAUAAGUGAGUCCUAAAAGAUCUACUUAAGUUUAGUAACCAUUUGUACGUAGGUACUUGGCACCACUGGUCAACAUGUACUUGUAUGUAGUUUGUAUUUAUUUUUUCAACGUGUAGCUCUAGUGUUGGUUUGCUUCACUGUCUGAAACAUCAGGAGCACAAGAAUGCCUCAUAUUUCAUGUAUAAAUCUUUGUAAAGAUCGUCACGUGUGUGUACUAUACUUUAAUGUACGACGGAACGCACCUUUUGUUUACUCAAAAAAGAAAUGGACAUGUAUGCUUUUUUUAUUUAUGUAGGCCAUCAUGUGAUCAGUCUUUUUUUUUGCACAGUGUUUUAUGUGCUUUGAUUGUUUUUGUAUAGAAACCAAUUGAUGUUCGACGCUGUACGUUUUUUAGUAAAUGUUUUUACAUUUGUGA